CAAUACUUCACAGUCUCAGAUCACCUUCUUGCAAAUCCAUCGUACCUCGUACACUUCCACCUACCUUCGAAAAUGGUUCAAUUCAACUUUAUCGCCUUCAUUGCUCUCGUCGGACUGGCUUCUGCCCAGAGCCUUUCUUCCAUUCCUUUGCCACCCCAGAGUGCAAAAGCUCCUUCUGGUCCCCGUCCAUCCAACUUCCCAUCCAUCAGACCAUCCGACAUCAGUGGACAGCCUCCUAUCCCCACUGAUCAAUUUCCUGGUCCUCGUCCAUCCGGUGCCUCUCCUUCUGGACCACCUCCAUCAGGUGCUCCCUUUCCCUCUGAUGCGGCCCAUGUCCGUGUCGCCGAAUUGCCCAGUGGACAUGGCCCUCGCCCUACCGGCUCUCCUAGUGACCUACCUCCACCACCAGCGAGUGGAUUCGAAUCUCUACCUCCUCCCAGCGGCAGUCCUACUGGACCACCUCCUACCGGACCAUCUCCUACCGGACCACCUCCUACUGGAAUACCUCCUACUGAUCGUCCCGCGCCAUCCGGAUUUGUUACGAGGAGAAGAGUUUGAGUGAACAAGAUAACAGAUAUGACGGAUCACGUCGGGGACUAGAUGGGCUUAUCGAGCUGACC